CUCGCGUGCAUAUGUGUGUGAAAGAACUAUAUACGUUUGCGAAAUAAAAAGUUUGCAACCUGCGGAUUCCCGGACUCGAUCUUUUAUUCCAAUUCCGACUCGCGAUUGGUCGCUUUUAAAAGCCUCGUCGAAGUCCCCGAUUGGUUUGCCUUAAUUUGUUUUCGUUUCGAAACCGUCGCUAGUACAUAUGACAGUUACAUCAAGUUACAUUAUACUUCGAUGACGUGCGGGCUUUACUAAAUCGCCGUAUUCUCGAAUAAAAAUUCAACGGAUCUCGUGGUGAUUGAGUGACAAGAAAUCACAGGCAUAAUCGCGAUUUCCACGAGCGCGAGUGAUCAGAUUCCACAACCGCCAUCUGCGCAUUUUAGUUUGAACGGUAUAACCGUUGGAGCGCACACAGCGAAAACACAUGAAAAAGUAUUUGUCAUCGCGUUUCAAAAAUCACACAAACAAUCAUCCUCGUUGCUCGCUAGUUUGCGUUCAAGGAAAUUUCUUUGAUUUUUAUUGCGUAUAAAAAGGGACCGAAUGCUCCGAAAUCGGAGUCGCCUUACGUUGGCGCGAUAAAUCCGUUCGACGUUCACGACACGGAUGCCAGUUUCGAGACGAAACUGUAUCAUUUAUUUUUAGUGACGCAAUUUUAUAACAUCGCUCGGGAAGAGACAUUGCGCUGUAUAUAUAAAUUAUUCACCUUGAGGUUUUGAUAGCUCCAGACGGUAGAUUAAUUGACUGUAAAUGGAGCGCAAAUUUCUAUUGUUAACAUUUAUCUCGUUGCUUAAUUGUAAAACCAGUGAGGCAUCCAUCCUCGACUGGGUAUGGAAAUCGAAAACAGAUGAUACAACUGUCCUGGUCGCCGAUGGUGUACCUUUAAUCUCGAUUCCUUAUGAGUCAAUGACGGAAGAUGAGAAGUUUCUCCAGGAGGCUGCCAAGGUCACUGAUAUUCAGGUAUCCUCCCCACUGGAGACAUGUCAGCAUAAAGUUGUUAUGAGAAUCAAAACCUCAUGCUCUGAUAUGAGUGAAGAGGAACUAGCCAAAUUAGGUGUCAAUCUCCUUAACUGCCAAUCAGCAGUUGAAGGCAGAAAAAUGUUCCCCUGCACUGAAACUAUGUCUCUUAAGCAGUGUACAAUUGAUAUGGAUGCCGAUAUGUGGAAUGCAUAUCAUUUAAUGAGUAACAGAGCAAGAGCAGUUUGUUAUGCAUCUCGAAAUACACAAUUUCGUGCUCUUACAGAAUUGACAGUCAACAAGCUGAUGCAAUCUGCACAUUCUCAAAUUGAAGCACUGAAUUCUUUGAAGCAAAGCCAAGCUCGUCUGGAAGAACAGACAACAGAAACUCUGUCAUCAUUGAAUAAAGGAAACAAGAUACUUUUGGAACAACAAGAAUAUUUGAAAGACGCUCAGGCGGCAUCUCACAAACUUGUAACGACAAAUCUGAAAGAAUUGUACAAUGAAAAAGCAUUAAUACGGUCUGGCCACACUCAGCUUGCAGCUAUGACAGAAGAAAUCAGAAAUAAAUUAGAAAAGGCACAUAAUGACCUUGAACAACAGGCUAUCGAACGUGGAAUAAAUCAUCAGGAGAUAUUGCAGGAUUUGAUUAGUAUACAGGAACAAGCACAAUUAAUCUGGGAGAAAAUCGAACAUAGCACUGAUCGUAUACUGGAGCAACAUCAGGAAACCAUACAACAGUAUGAACAAACGAUGGAGAAGCUCACACAGAUUAAUGAUACCAUUCAGUAUAUUUGGAAUCUCACUAAUACAAUGCGUGCAGAAGUAGAUCAAAAGUUAGGAUGGAUUACUGACUACAUUGGCGAUACCGGUGAACAGAUGCAAAAAGUAUAUCGUACAUUUUUACACGUUGUGUAUAUAUUAGUGGCAAUGAUAGUCGCCGCGUUUUUACAAGCACCAUUUUUAACCAGAGCUACCAUUUUGAGCGUGGUACCAGCGAAUCUUUUAACUUAUUUGAAACAUGGCAUGGAAGUCUCUUUAGAUUUUAUGUCCAUGACAGUAUUAAUAUUUUUAAUCACCGGAAUGCAUUUCAUAAUGCUGGGAAUACAACGUAUGAUCGGAUCGAACACUUUGGAGGCGAAAACAGAAUUAAUUAAGCUGAUCCAUCAAAAGGGACAUUCGAACGGUGUUACUCAAAACAGUGCAUCGUCGUCGUAUCUUAACAUUGUACCAAAACAGCUGCACACAAUGUUUGUGAAAAAAAUACAGAAUUUCUAUGAUGCCAUCAUUUCACAAAUAAAUCACUGUAAAGGGAAAAUUAAUACUUUUUUGGAAUUGAUUGCUUCAUGGGGUGGACGUAAUUUAAAUGUACAUGAAGAACUCUCUUGUUCAUACCAACCAUCAAGAAAGAAGCGUGAGGAUAUCAUUUACAACGAAUAUCAGUAUUCCAAUUUGAUGCCAAAGGACUUCAUAGAAUGUGAUUCUUCGAACGAUACAUCAAUGUCUUGGCAAUACCGUGACCAUUUCAAUAAUAAUAAUAAUGAUGAUAAUUUUGAUGAUACAGAGAGGAGACUGUUUGAGCAUUUUCAAUCCAAUAUAGAUUUACCACGAGACAGAAGUAAUACUCCGUCACUGAGAAUAUCUUGUAUGGGAAUAACGAGAAAUGGUAGAAAAUGUCGAGCAUUCGCAUCACCUGGACAACGCUACUGCUAUCAUCAUUCUACUGGCACAUCUGUUAGGACUGAUCUUGAUUAAUCGAAAAAGAAUUGAAAAUUAAAUCGUUAGCACUUAUAAGAUUGGUAACAGAUUGGUACUUAUUUUAUAUAUAUAUUUGUAUACAUAUACAAUAGACAGUGUAUUCUAAGAUGGAAGUAAUUUAAGAAAAACAAGAAAAACCCAUAAAAGUAAGAAUUGGUUCGGAAAAAAAUUGUGAUAAUUGAUUAAAUCCAGUUAAAUAAUUUUUACACAAUUUGCGAUUUUGUAAGUAACAUUUCAUGUAUUUUAAUAAUAAUAGUGAUUUCAAGAUAUCACAAUGAUCUUGAGAAUAUUUUAAAUAUAUAGACAUACUUAAUUAAUAUUAUUUAUUUAAAUUACAUGACUUGUAUUUCAUCAUUGUGAUUGAAGUAUGUAUAUUUCUAUUUUGUGUUGAGACUAAUCUAAACUAAAAUUUACAAGAUUUACAUUGUUUUUAAUUGCAUAAUUUGAACAGAAUUGUACAAAUUUUAAGAUCAAAUUUUGUCUAGUCUUAAUUCAAGCUUACAGUACAUAUGAUUUAAAUUAUGAUGAUUCAAUCUAACUCAAUUUCAGGUUUAAAAUGAAAGAAAUUUUCUACUUACAUUAAAAAAUAUUUUAACUC